AUGGACGGCCGUGCGGAGGGCACUGUGGCCAUCAAGCAGGAGGACCACGCCUCUGGCCACUGGCAUAAUUUCCCCGCGGGACUGCGCCUGCUUGUUGUUGACGAUGACCCUCUCUGCCUGAAAGUGGUCGAGCAAAUGCUGCGCAAGUGCUCCUAUGACGUCACCACUUGCACAAACGCAACCAUGGCGCUCAACCUGCUUCGCGACAAGAGCACGGAAUACGACCUCGUCUUAUCAGAUAGCUUUUUAGUUUCCUCCUCAGAUAUGGACGGGUUCAAGCUUCUGGAGGUCGUUGGCCUGGAGAUGGAUCUUCCUGUCAUAAUGAUGUCUUCCAAUGGCGAUACCAGCAACGUGCUCAGAGGCGUUACACACGGCGCUUGUGACUACCUAAUAAAACCAGUCCGCCUUGAGGAACUGCGGAAUCUAUGGCAACACGUCGUCCGGCGUCGUCGGCAGUUGCGGAUGAUGGGGGCUGGGUGUAGCGGGGGCGCUAACGGCCUGGGCUCCACUGGGAACCUGGGUGCGGUCGCAACCGGAUCGGCCGGCCUGGGCCUGGGGCUGGGCACCGCUGCGGAUGAGCUGGGGCUGGGGCUGGAUAACGGCUCCAGUAAGAAGGCGCGUGUGGUGUGGAGCGUGGAAAUGCACCAACAGUUUGUCAACGCGGUCAACCAACUGGGCAUCGACAAAGCCGUCCCUAAGAAGAUCCUGGAGAUCAUGAACGUGGACGGACUGACCCGCGAAAACGUGGCCAGCCAUCUGCAA